AUGACAGCCCUACUCGACCAGCUCUUACCGGUCGGCCGGAUUGAGAUUGCCGAGUGCGCUGUCCAGUUCUUGGUUGCCGCCCACAACUGGUCUGGUGGCGGCCGGCAUCUUGGCCUGGCUGACUGCUCUGCCUCCGGCCAUCUCGCUGGGAAUCAUGCUCUACGAACAGCACGCCUGGCCGUCGUGGGUGGCGGGCAGAGUCGCGACCGAAUCCGAUUCGGAGGCCGCUUCCCUCCUCCCAACCUCAAGCCUGACUGGACAAACUGUCUUCGAGACCACCGGCGACCGCAACACCAACAACCGCAGCCACGUCUACGGCUACGGCUACGGCUACGGCUACGGGCACGAGUCGACGAGGCCGUUCGCCAGUCCAUUGACAGUCGAACUCGUCCGCCUCAUCAACGGUCUGGCAAGCGGAUUGUUCUGUUGUCUCUGGCUGCUGCGGCCCGCCACUUGGAGGGCCUGGAGGGCUUGGCUGGUCGGAAUGAAGCGGAGGCAAGAGAUGCGUGUCAAUCGACGUAG